AUGAUAAUGAUGAUGGUGGUGAUGCUGGUGAUGUUGAAGAUGGUGCUAAUGUCACCUCCUCUGGACUUAGACACGGAGCAGGUGUUCACCAAGUGUAUGAAUCCAUGGGAGAAUAACUUCAUCAAGGACUUCCCCCAGCUGGCCGAUGGGCUGUUGGUGAUCCCGCUGCCGGUGGAGGAGCAGUGCCGGGGGGUUCUGUCUGAGCCGCUCCCGGACCUCCAGCUGCUCACUGGAGAUAUCAGGUAUGACGAGGCCAUGGGUUACCCCAUGGUGCAGCAGUGGCGAGUCCGGAGCAAUCUCUACCGUGUGAAGCUCAGCACCAUCACCCUCUCAGCAGGUUUCACCAACGUUCUCAAGAUCCUGACCAAGGAGAGCAGUCGGGAGGAGCUGCUGUCCUUCAUCCAGCACUAUGGCUCCCACUACAUCGCUGAGGCCCUCUAUGGAUCAGAGCUCACCUGCAUCAUCCACUUCCCCAGCAAGAAAGUCCAGCAGCAGCUGUGGCUCCAGUAUCAGAAAGAGACCACAGAGCUUGGUAGCAAGAAGGAGCUUAAGUCCAUGCCCUUCAUCACCUACCUCUCCGGUCUGCUGACGGCCCAGAUGCUGUCAGAUGACCAGCUCAUCUCAGGUGUGGAGAUCCGCUGCGAGGAGAAGGGCCGCUGUCCAUCGACCUGUCACCUUUGCCGCCGUCCAGGCAAGGAGCAGCUGAGCCCCACACCAGUGCUACUGGAAAUCAACCAUGUGGUACCACUUUAUACCCUCAUCCAAGACAAUGGCACAAAGGAGGCCUUCAGGAGUGCACUGAUGAGUUCCUACUGGUGCUCAGGGAAAGGGGACGUGAUCGAUGACUGGUGCAGGUGUGACCUCAGCGCCUUUGAUACCAGUGGGCUCCCCAACUGCAGCCCCCUUCCACAGCCGGUGCUGCGGCUGUCACCAACAGUGGAGCCCUCUAGCACCGUGGUCUCCUUGGAGUGGGUGGAUGUUCAGCCAGCUAUUGGAACGAAGGUCUCUGACUAUAUUCUGCAACACAAGAAAGUGGAUGAAUACACAGACACUGACCUGUACACAGGUAGGUGCAUGACUUAACCCUUUGUUGGGAUAGUAUGACAGAGGAGGGAAACUGGGAUUUUCUAAUGUCUUUGGAGAUUCGGU